UGCUCUUUCCAGGCACACAGAACAUAUUGCUUCCUACUGAGCUUCACCAAACGGAUAUUUAACUGCCACCUGCUCGAGGAACCACCCCGACCAGCUACAAACCGCUGCCGCAGUAUGUGCAAAGGACUGGCAUCACUUCCUAACAGCUUCUUGGAAAGGGCUAAGGAGCUGAAAGCAAUGCUGGGUAGCAUUUUGCAAAACUCCACUUUGAACCUGUCAUGGUUCAAAAUAGGGAAGAAUAAAGCCACACUGGAGGAAUGCCUUACGUGGAAAGAGUCCUUUGAGAAGCUCCUGUCCAGCAAAUAUGGACUGUGUGCCUUCACAGCCUUCCUGGUGUCGGAGUUUAGCGAGGAGAAUAUUUUGUUCUACUUUGCUUGUGAGGACUACAGAAGAACCAAGUCGGCCACCAAAUUACCGGCCAAAGCCCAGACGAUCUACGAUGAAUUCAUCGGCAGCGAUGCUCCACGCGAGAUUAAUAUUGACCACGAAACCCGUGACAUCACCAGAGCCAACAUGCUGGUGCCUUCCCUUUCUUGCUUCGACUCGGCCCAGCACAAGAUCUACAUGCUCAUGGCCAAAGACUGCUACCCUCGCUUCCUCCGCUCUCCGACUUACAGGGACCUACUGUGCCAGGCCAAGCCAGGCACCAAGGCCGCCCGGCAGCCGGGGCAACAAAAGAAGGUGUGAAUCCCUUCCCGCGGGAGGAUUGCUGACGAAUCGCCUCAAACGUUUGAGAAGGCAAAGAGAUGCACGGCGUCACGGCUGCUGCACCACCGUGAGGCUGGACGCGGCGCGUGCAGGAGCAUGGGGCGCCACGAGACCAGCCCACGGACGGGCGGGGUCUGCAGACGCCAACGACUGAAGAGGAAAAGACGAUGGAGGAGCUGUUGCCUUAAGUGGACUGUGUAGCAGACUGAGUGACAAUCAAAGAGGAGGGGGAGAGGGGGGGGGGGGGGGGAUGAGAAAAGCACUUUAUCUUUGUCAACUUGCAAACCCUUGUUGUUGUGAUGUACAAUUUCUCUCUGUCAAGUCUUUGUAAACAGGGCAUGUGAGGUACUUGCAUAUUUAUUUGCUGAAAUAUAUGUUCUAUUUUUACCAAACAAUAAUUUAUGAAUGUAAUAUUUAUAUCUGUUUUUUUUUACGUACGUGCAAAUAAAGUGAAUUUUCUGAAAAAAACAA